GUCAUCACCAGUCUUGAAAACUGCAACGGGAUAUUGCUAGGGCUCUGUGUCAACGUCUUUUGCGCUUGUUAUAUCAUCUAGAUCCCUCAAGUGACCAUUUGGAGGUCUUCACGGAUUCACCGACGACUUGGGCGUCUUUGACCGUCUUCCUUUUCUGACGUUCUACCCUCGAGACUUCAGCUUCCUUGGGAAACCAUACUGCUAUUCUUCUCGACUAUACAUCGCUCUUGGUCUCCAAUGGACGAACCAAUAACGAAGCGUCUCCACGUCUCAGGCCUCACGCCAUCCAUCACCCUCGCCGACCUCUCUACAAGACUCGGCAUGUACGGUUCCAUCACCUCUCUCGAUAAAUUUGGAGAAGUAGAUGCGUUGGGACAGCCGAGGAAGUUUGCGUAUGUGACGCUAGAGACCACGAAAGGAAAACUGGGAAAAUGUAUGAAUGUGCUUAGCGGAUCGACGUGGAAGGGCGCGAAGUUGAGGAUCGGAGAAGCGAAACCCGACUUUCGUGAACGGUACGUCCGCUCUUACUCCAAUCGACCGACUAUCCUCAUCCAUCCAUCCUUUACUUCAUCACCACUUAUCGCCGUCAUCGUCACCAUCACCAUCACCAUCGCAUACCCACUCUGUUCUACUCUAUCCACACAACGCAGUAUCGUCCGUGAAAAUGCGCCUACCGAACCCUCCGACCGCCCUAAAAAACGUCCCCGUCUCGCACGUGGCGUUCAAGGCGUCCACGCUCCCUCCAUGGAUCCCAUAACGCCCUCCACCGUCGAAGAGUACGCUCAUAAAGGGUGGUACGUCACGCCUCUCGGUAGACUCAUCCGUCCGAUGCGUAUGCGACCCGCUCGACCGCUCGAUCCGCCUGUCAUCGCUACUCCUCCGAAGGAUAAGAAGGAGGAUAAGAGGGACAGGGAGAAGAAGAAAGGAAAGGUUGCAAAAGAUGGAGAGGGAGAGGGAGAGGGGGACGAGAAGAAGAAAACGAAGAAGAGGAAGAAGGUGCCGGAUGUGAGAGCGAGGAGGAAGACGAUCGAUCCGGUGAAGUAUGGGAGUACGCAUGUUAUUGGGGCGUUCUUGGGAGGUGGUGAGGGUGCUGGUGUGGCCCAAAAUACGCCGCCGGUGGAGGAUGAAGUGAGCGAUAGUGAGGAGAGUUCUUCAUCUUCAUCUGAGGAGGAGGAGGAGGACGACCACAACGCUAAAAACGACCAUCCCGAUACUGCCCUCAAACAUGCUCAGCCUUCAGUACAACCUCCUCCUCCUACCGUCCUACCUCUUCCAAAAUCGACGAUACCCGUUCUUUCGCUAGCACAAUCACCUCCGCCACCUCAAUCACCAGCAACGGACAUUACUCCCGGAGACGAACUGACAGCCGAGAAGCUGAAGUCGUUGAACCUGCUACGCUCUAUGUUCGGAGAGGACGAAGGUCAAGAGGAUUGGGGCGGGGCGGAGAGCAUGUCAGAUGUCGAUAUGGACGUAGACGUGGAUGGAAAUGAGCCGCGCGGAAUGGCAGCAGACGGAGAUGGUGAGGCGUAUGAAGUCGUUCGCCGCGAUGGGGGUGCCAAACUCCGGGAAGGGAAUAUCGAUGUAGAUGAUGAAGCCGAAGGGGAUGAAGAAGAGGAGGAGGAGGAGACGGAGGAGGAUGAGGAACCGAGUCAAACGGAGAACGGGACACAAGAGAAGAAGGGGCAACCCGGCGUACAGAUCACGAAGUUAAAGGACUUAUUUGCGCCGAGGGAGGAAGAAGCUGGGUUCUCACUGUUGGGUCACCUCGACCUCGAACUCGACGAAGACAUGGAUUUCGAGUUCGGCCUACCCUCCUUAUCUACCGCCGCUCCUUCCACCAUCGUCACCACCACCACCGCCGCCGCUCCGAUCUCAUCCCUCACAACUCCCAGCAUCAUCCCAACCCAUCAAAAGACCGGUACCUCACAACAAACGCUCACCCUCGACCCGUCCCUACCCCUCUUCUUCCCCACCACUUCCCAAACCGGACCUCGCAACGUGCCGACCAAUAUGCGACCGGGUGCGUGGAAGGACAUGUAUGGGUUUUAUAGGACGGAUGAUGAGGCGACGAUAAGGCAGAGGUGGGAGGAGAGUAAGGGGGAGUUGACGAGGGAGUGGAAGAGGAGGUAUAGGGAGGGGUUGAAGAGGAGGAGGCGGAGAGGGGGUGGGGUGGGUGAUGUGGAUUGAUAUCACUAUGUUGGUGGUUGUCUACGAG